GAAAGCGAGAAUACCCCGCCGCAUUCGCAAGCUUGCUUUCACUCGACGGGAGCGACCAGGAGCUAUGCCGAAAACGCCGCUGAAACUGGGCUACUGGCAAAUCCGCGGACUCGGGCAAUCGAUACGAUACCUCCUCAACUACGCCGGUGCCGAUUAUGUCGAGAGAACGUACACCUUCGGAGAUAAAUUCACCCGUGACGACUGGCUCAAAGAGAAGUUCACUCUCGGUCUAGACUUUCCCAACAUUCCAUACUUGAUCGACGGCGACGUGCGACUGACGCAGAGUCUGGCUAUCCUUCGUUACCUCGCCCGCAAGUACGGCUUGAUGCCGCAGUCUGACGACGACUGGCUCCGGGCCAGCGUCAUCGAACAGCAGGUAAAUGACAUGCUGUGGGAGAACGUCCGUUUGUGCUACGAUCCUUCGUACGACAAUGACAAGAAGGAGGCGUUCCUCAAGACUUUCUACAGCGACCGCCUGCCGGCGUUGGUGAAGUUUUUGGGCGACCGGAAGUUCUUCGCGGGUGAUCAGCUGUCGUACGUCGACUUUCUGGCGUAUGAAAUGUUCGAUCAACACAGGACCCUGUGGCCCGAGGAGCGCAAGGCGUUGGAAAAAUACCCGACAGUUGUGGAGUACCUGAAGAGGAUGGAGUCGUUGCCCCGUUUUAAGGCUUAUCUCUCGUCUGAUAAAUUCAUGGAUUGGCCCGUCUGGAGCGAGAUGUCCGCGUACGGUGGACCCAAGAUGGCAAAGCCGGCAUAGUUUGCUUUUUUUAUUUCAUUCUUGCUCCUUCCGCCGAGUUGCGGCUGCGUUCGCGAAGGUAAUAAAGGCGUUUGGACAAAGAACCA